ACUGCUUUUUUAUAAAUAGAGAAGUGAUGAAUGGAGAGGUUCCCACCGAUUUCCCUCCCUUUACAGAAAAUGUUGCAUAAACUGCUUUGCAACCUGUGCUCCUUCACCUUGAUUUUAAAACUCUGCCAUCAUUCUUUUGGUGGAAAAACAGGUUGACUUCAAAAUCUGGCAACAGCAGAAAAGGCUGUCCUUCCCCCUUUCAUAUAGAAGGGGUGGCAUGAACUACUUUAUAUCCUGUUGAUUCCCUCAGGAACAAUAAGCUUUGAUGCUAGCAGUCUUUCUCUGAGUGAGCAGGUAGACUUUGAGUUCUGCAACAGCUGGAAGUGCUAAACCACUUAAUCCAGGAGGUGACUGGACCAGAAUGGCAAAUUUUAAGGGCCACGCUCUUCCAGGGAGUUUCUUCAUAUUGUUUGGCCUCUGGUGGUCAGUGAGGUGCUCGCUAAAAUAUAUCAGCAGGUCACUGAACAAGAACAGUCGCGUACAGUGGAACUUCAAACAUCUGGAGAUCAUUGAAGGGGCAGUCAAAGUUGGCUUUGCAACAGUAGGGAUUCUUGCUGAGCAGUUUGUCCCCGAUGGUCCCCACUUGUAUCUCUACAGUGGGCAGCCACGAAGUUGGGUGAAGCUGAUGAACUGGCAACAUUCCACCAUGUAUUUAUUCUUUGGCAUCUCUGGAGCAGCGGAUAUAAUCACUUAUUCCUUGACCAAAAUGCCUAUUGGAUUGGACCGUUUCAUGUUCGCUAUUUCAUUCUUUGUGGAAGGCUUCCUCUUCUACUUCCACAUCAGCCAUCGGCCAAUGCUUGAUCAACACAUCCAUUCCUUGCUCCUGAUGGCCAUCUUUGGUAGCGCUGCCACCUGCUUGAUACAAACCUUCAUGCGUGACAACAUGAUUUUGGACUUCUUUAUUGCCAGCCUUGCCCUCUUGCAAGGAACCUGGUUUUGGCAGAUAGGUUUUGUGUUGUAUCCACCAUGGGGAGGACCAGAGUGGGAUGAGAGCGACCAUGGCAACAUAAUGUUCAUCACCAUGUGCUUUUGCUGGCAUUAUGCCAUUGCAAUCCUCAUUAUUGCAGUGAACUAUUCUCUGGUCUACUGCUGCAUCCAGAGCUGUAGAAGGAGCAACAGACAAAUCAGGUUUGGACUUGGCAUAAAGAAGCAAAACAAUUCUCAUGCUCCCCUCUUAAAUGGAUUGGAUGACGAAUAAGCCAGGAUGGAUAGAAAGAAGGCUUUGUCUAACUGCAAAGACAAGAUGGCUGCACUUCCUUUACAUUUUCAUAUCAUCCCUUCCAGCUUGCCUUAUCUAUCAUCCCCGGAAAGCAGAACUGAUAAUGCUUCAAAUUACCAAAUAUUCAACUUGGCACCAACAGAGAACAGCACACUUUUACAAAGCAAUCCAUUCUGUCAACAGUGGAAGAAAGUGCUCAAUUUUGCAGUAUUGCUGACAGAAACCACUGGACUUAAUUGGGAUUUACUUAUUGUAACAUUUGUAAUCUAUCAUUUUCUGCAGUUAUAUAAAAAGAGCUCCCAGCCUUAUUGCGAA